AUGCUCCCCCAAGAAACGCUCAUCCAAAUCGCCGCUGACCCCAACGUCGAGACUCGCUCGUUCGCCGCAGACAUGGCAAGGAUCGGCUACCCUGAAGCCCAUCGUCUCCACGAAUAUCGAUAUCAUCUUCGACCAGAUGGAACAAUCGGUGUUCGCAUACCUCCUGAAAACGCUCAGGCUGCCUGGGAGGCUGAACUAGCCGAGUACGUACAGAGUGCCAUGGUUAUGAGAGCAACACAGAACGCUUCAACCCAAGUGCCUGUUGCAAUUGUUUCCCCUGAUACACAACCUCUUCCAGAAGAUUUUGAGCCCCCUUCACCUCAAGAUAUCUCUCAAUAUUUAUCUACGAUGCUACCACCGAGCAAUGACUACAAUGCAGACACAGAACUCAGUUCUACUCCCACAAACAACCCAGACAUCCAGGACCCGCCCCCUCCCACUUUAGAUCCCGAGUCUGACCACUCCGAGCUUUCCGAACUUUCAGACGAUCCUAGGUCCUUCUCUUCUGGUUCCCUUUCAGUCACAGAAAGCGAUUACAUUGAUGGUAUUAUGGAUGUUCCGAGGGGUAGGAUGGGAUGCUCGUGUCCAGAGUGUAAUGGGAGGUUUUCAUUCUUGUGA